ACGGCGCGCCUCCGCUAACUGCUCCUGCUGAUGUGACUGCGCGCUCCCGCUCGGAUCACAACACAGUCGGGAAACAGCUGAUGUCAUGGACACGACGACCCACUGAGAAGAAUAAGACAGUCUGCUGCCGACCUCCAGGCCUUUUGGACCACAUCCUUUUUGCCUCUCUCUCUCUCUCUCUCUCUCUCUCUCUCUCUCUCUGUCUUUCCGGUUGGUCUCUCCACCCUUCCGUGACCUGGGGAUGAACGCACCAAUGAGGAGCCUCACAAUCCACUCUCUGUAUAGCACAGCAAGCCCCAGCAUGCUGAAGAGGAAACAGAGCUCACGGGUCGAGGCCCAGCCCAUGACCGACUUUGGGCCAGAUGAGACCCUCACCGACAGCGCUGACAUCUUCUGGAUCAAUAAACCAUGGGUGCACUCUCUGCUGCGGGCCUGUGCCAUCAUCAGUGUCAUUUCUGUCUGUAUGAACACCCCCAAGACAUUUGAGCAUUACCCCCCACUACAGUAUGUCACAUUCACCCUGGACACUCUGCUCAUGUUUCUCUACACUGCUGAGAUGAUUGCCAAGAUGCACAUCAGAGGAAUCAUUAAGGGGGAUAACUCUUACGUGAAGGAUCGCUGGUGCAUGUUUGAUGGAUUCAUGGUGUUUUUCAUCUGGGUGUCUCUGGUGCUGCAGGUGUUUGAAAUUGCAGAGCUUGUGGAUCAGAUGUCUCCGUGGGGAAUGCUGAGAAUCCCGCGAGCACUCAUUAUGAUCCGGGCCUUCAGGAUCUACUUCCGCUUCGAGCUUCCUCGCUCUCGAAUCACCAGCAUUCUGAAGCGAUCAGGGGAACAGAUCUGGAGUGUGUCGAUAUUCCUUCUGUUUUUUCUCCUGCUCUAUGGGAUUCUAGGCGUUCAAAUGUUUGGAACAUUCAACCAUCACUGUGUCACUAAUGAUACACAGGAAAGUAAUGUAUCAUGGAACAGCUUGGCCAUCCCAGACACUCACUGUUCACCUGAUGGGGAGGGCUACCAGUGUCCUUAUGGCUUCAAAUGCAUGGACCUGGAAGAGUUGGGUCUCAGUCGGCAAGAACUCGGGUACAGUGGCUUCAAUGAGCUCGGCACAAGUAUCUUUACCGUGUAUGAAGCAGCAUCCCAGGAGGGUUGGGUGUUCCUCAUGUAUCGAGCCAUUGACAGUUUCCCUCGCUGGCGCUCCUAUUUCUACUUUAUCACUCUCAUCUUCUUUUUGGCAUGGCUUGUCAAGAAUGUUUUCAUUGCUGUCAUCAUUGAAACGUUUGCUGAGAUCAGAGUCCAGUUUCAGCAGAUGUGGGGGUCUCGCAGCAGCACCACCUCCACAGCUACGACACAGAUGUUCCAUGAAGAUGCUGCUGGGGGAUGGCAGCUUGUGGCUGUGGAUGUCAACAAACCUCAUGGGCGAGCGCCUGCCUGCCUCCAGCAACUGAUGCGGUCUUCUGUGUUCCACAUGUUCAUCUUGAGCAUGGUCGCUGUGGACGUCAUCGUUGCCGCUAGCAACUAUUAUAAAGGCGAGAACCACCGCAGGCACUAUGAUGAGUUUUACCUGGCAGAGGUUGCCUUCACGGUCUUGUUUGACCUGGAAGCUCUUCUGAAGAUCUGGUGUCUGGGCUUCACCGGGUACAUCAGCUCCUCCCUGCACAAGUUUGAGUCUCUGCUGGUGGUCGGCACAACCCUGCACAUCUACCCCGACCUCUAUCACUCCCAGUUCACCUACUUUCAGGUGCUGCGUGUGGUGCGUUUGAUAAAAAUCUCACCGGCUCUGGAGGACUUCGUUUAUAAGAUUUUUGGUCCUGGUAAAAAACUCGGUAGCUUGGUGGUCUUCACAGCCAGCCUGCUCAUCGUCAUGUCGGCCAUCAGCCUGCAGAUGUUCUGCUUUGUUGAGGAGCUGGAUCGUUUCACAACGUUCCCCAGGGCAUUCAUGUCCAUGUUCCAGAUCUUAACCCAGGAGGGCUGGAUUGAUGUCAUGGACCAGACUCUUGUGGCUGUCGGUCAUAUGUGGGCUCCGGUCGUCGCCAUCUACUUCAUCCUCUAUCAUCUGUUUGCCACACUGAUUCUGCUCAGUCUUUUUGUGGCUGUUAUUUUGGACAAUUUGGAGCUGGAUGAAGACUUGAAGAAGCUCAAACAGCUCAAGCAAAGCGAAGCCAAUGCUGACACCAAAGAGAAGCUCCCACUUCGACUCAGGAUCUUUGAGAAGUUUCCUAACAGACCUCAGAUGGUGAAGAUCUCCAAGCUCCCGUCUGACUUCACUGUGCCACGAAUCAGGGAGAGUUUUAUGAAGCAGUUCAUUGAUCGUCAACAGGACACUGGUUGUUUGUUCCGUCGUUUACCUUCUGCUUCCUCGUCCUCGUGUGACCAUUCCAAGCGCUCGGCCAUUGAAGAGAACAAGUACAUUGACCAAAAGCUCCGCAGGUCAAUAUUUAGCAUCCGAGCUCGGAAUCUCCUGGAAAAGGAAAAUACCAUCAAUAAAAUCCUGCGGGCUUGUACCAGGCAGCGUAUGUUAAGUGGAUCCUUUGAAGGCCAGCCAGCAAAAGAGCGAUCCAUACUCAGCGUGCAGCAUCAUAUACGGCAGGAACGCAGGUCUCUGCGGCAUGGAUCCACCAGUCAGAGGAUCAGCAGAGGGAAGUCACUGGAGACACUCACCCAGGAUCAUUCCAGUACAGUACGAUACCGUAACGCCCAGAGAGAGGACAGUGAGAUCAAGAUGAUCCAAGAAAAGAAGGAACAGGCUGAGAUGAAGAGGAAAGUGCAGGAGGAAGAGCUGAGGGAGAACCAUCCAUACUUUGAUAAGCCUCUGUUCAUUGUGGGUCGGGAGCACCGAUUCAGGAACUUCUGCAGGAUGAUUGUUCGAGCUCGUUUCAAUGCAUCCAAAACUGACCCCAUAACCGGAGCAGUGAAGAACAUCAAAUACCACCAACUUUAUGAUCUUCUGGGCCUGGUCAGCUAUCUGGACUGGGUGAUGAUUGUGGUGACCAUCUGCUCCUGUAUCUCCAUGAUGUUUGAAUCCCCCUUCACCAGGGUCAUGCAGGCUCCAACACUGCAGAUUGGGGAAUAUGUGUUUGUGAUCUUCAUGAGCAUCGAGCUGAACCUGAAGAUCAUGGCAGAUGGUUUGUUCUUCACUCCUACUGCAGUCAUCAGAGACUUUGGAGGAGUCAUGGACAUCUUUAUUUAUCUUGUGAGUCUGAUCUUUCUGUGCUGGCUUCCUCCUGAUGUUCCUCCUGAGUCUGGGGCUCAGCUGCUGAUGAUGCUGCGCUGCCUGCGCCCGCUCAGGAUCUUUAAACUUGUUCCCCAGAUGAGGAAGGUGGUGCGGGAGGUUCUCAAGGGCUUCAAGGAGAUUUUCUUGGUUUCCAUUCUGCUGCUGACUCUAAUGCUGGUGUUUGCGAGCUUCGGGGUUCAACUGUUUGCCGGAAAGCUUGCCAAGUGCAAUGACCCACACAUCCUGAAACGGGAGGACUGUCACGGUAUAUUCAGAAUAAACGUCAGUGUUUCCAGAAACCUCAACCUGAAACUGAAGCAUGGCGAGAAGAAACCCGGCUUCUGGGUACCUAGAGUCUGGGCUAAUCCUCGCAAUUUCAACUUCGACAAUGUGGGAAAUGCCAUGUUGGCUCUGUUUGAAGUGCUGUCACUGAAAGGCUGGGUGGAGGUUCGAGAUGUCAUUAUUCACCGCGUCGGACCGAUUCAUGGGAUCUACAUCCAUGUUUUUGUAUUUCUGGGAUGCAUGAUCGGACUGACUUUGUUUGUAGGCGUUGUCAUUGCAAACUUCAAUGAAAAUAAGGGCACUGCUCUGCUCACUGUGGACCAGAGGAGGUGGGAGGAUCUGAAGAGUCGGCUGAAGAUAGCCCAGCCUCUUCACCUGCCCCCACGACCAGAGAACGGGGGAUUCCGGGCCAAGAUGUAUGACAUCACACAGCAUCCCUUCUUCAAACGGGGCAUUGCUGUUCUGGUGCUGGCACAGUCCGUUCUGCUGUCAGUCAAGUGGGACGUUGACGACCAGGUGACGUUCCCUCUUGCUACCAUGUCGGUGGUGUUCACCUUCAUAUUUGUGCUGGAGGUAACCAUGAAGCUGAUAGCCAUGUCACCAGCGGGUUACUGGCAGAGUCGGCGAAAUCGCUAUGACCUGCUCGUCACGUCACUCGGUGUCAUCUGGAUCGUCCUGCACUUUGCCUUACUGAAUGCUUACACCUACAUGAUGGGCACGUGUGUGAUUGUCUUCAGAUUCUUCACCAUAUGCGGGAAGCAUGUGACACUGAAGAUGCUGCUGUUGACCGUAGUCGUCAGCAUGUACAAAAGCUUCUUCAUCAUUGUGGGCAUGUUCCUCCUCCUCCUCUGCUACGCCUUUGCUGGUGUUGUUCUCUUUGGAACUGUCAAAUAUGGAGAAAACAUCAAUCGGCACGCCAACUUCUCCACAGCGGGGAAGGCGAUCACCGUUCUGUUCCGUAUAGUCACAGGCGAAGACUGGAAUAAAAUUAUGCACGACUGCAUGGUGCAGCCCCCAUUCUGUACCCCUGAUAAACACCGUUACUGGGAGACAGACUGUGGAAACUACGCCGGAGCCCUCAUCUACUUCUGCUCCUUCUACGUCAUUAUAGCCUACAUCAUGCUCAACCUCCUCGUUGCAAUCAUCGUGGAGAAUUUCUCUUUGUUCUACUCCACCGAGGAGGACCAGCUGCUGAGCUACAACGACCUCAGACACUUCCAGAUCAUCUGGAACAUGGUGGAUGACAAACGUGAGGGCGUGAUCCCGACGUCCAGGGUGAAGUUCCUGCUGCGUCUGCUCAGAGGCAGGCUGGAGGUGGACCUGGACAAGGACAAGCUCCUUUUUAAGCACAUGUGUUAUGAGAUGGAGCGGCUGCACAGCGGCGGAGACGUGUCCUUUCAUGACGUCCUCAGUAUGCUGUCGUAUCGCUCGGUCGACAUCAGAAAAUCGCUCCAGCUGGAGGAGCUGUUGGCCAGAGAGCAGUUGGAGUAUACCAUCGAAGAAGAAGUUGCCAAACAGACCAUACGCAUGUGGUUGAAGAAAUGCCUCAAACGCAUCCGCGCGAAGCAGCAGCAGUCAUGUAGCAUCAUCCACAGCCUGAGAGAGAGCCAGCAGCAGGAGCUGAGCCACUUCCUAAACCCCCCCAGCAUCGAGACCACCGUCCCCAGCGAUGACCACAAUGCUAACACAGACAACCCGUCGCAGGCUGAGAUGAGCGGCGCCCAGCAGCUGCUGAGCCCUACGCUGUCGGACCGAGGAGGCUACCGGCAGGACUCCUCGGACCAGGGGCGGCCCCAGAGGAAGCUGGGACAGUGGCGUCUGCCUUCAGGUCUGACACAUAAUGUUAUAUACAAGCAGGAGGUUCUUUUAAGUCCUUCAGCUACGUACAGGUUGACCAGGAACAACAUACAACAGUUUUCUUUGUGUCCUUUAGGCCGCACGAGUGUCAAGUCCAUUGUGUGCAAGAUGAACCCCGUCAACGACGAGGCUUCGUCAGGGUCAGAGGUGAAGAAAUGGUGGACCCGUCAGCUGACCGUGGAGAGCGACGAGAGCGGCGACGACCUCAUUGACAUGUAAAGAACAGC